CCUUUUAUUUUUUUUUUCUCUUGCUAUCACUAUGUCUAACCUUCUUCGUAUUUCUCGUAUUCGAUUACCCAACACACCUUUUGCUCGAUGUGUAUCAACACAAUACGUACCUGGACGUAAGGGAUAUGCACCUGGAUUUGAAGCCCCAGAAGGUGCUCGUGAAGAACCCAAGGUGGUUAUGAAACGUAGAGUGAUUGGCCAUUCACUCACUUCUCACCUGGAAGGCAAAUCCCGCGAUAUCAAGACAGAAAGCCCCAAGAAGUUAUACCGCCAAGCAUUAAAAUCCACACGCCACAAGUAUGCACAUGAAUUAUUAGAGAAGCAGGGACAAAAGCAACUACGAUCUGAUGAAAAAUUAGCCAUGGCAGAAAAAAAAGCACAGACAGUAAAGCAGACCUUAGAAGCAGAAAAAAAGCAACAACAAGAACAUGAACAAGAAGUGGUUGACAUGUUAGAUUUAAAGGCCACUCAAGAACAAAGUCGAUUGGAUAGACAUGCUAGACGUGAAGAAAACCGUGUAGCAUUGCAAGAGACACAACGUGCCAUUCGACGCAAACAAUUGUUGAAAUUGUAUGCAGCCACAGAUUCUUUUGUGACACUUGAUAAUUUAGAUGCUCGCGUUGAUGCUGUGAUGAGUUCAGAAGGUCGAUCCUUCCAUGCCUCUUUUGAUGAAUUAAUGCACAGCACAAGCUCUGUUCAGACUGAAAUUGAACAAAGAAAGCAACAACUUAGAGAAGUUAUGGGUCUUUAAAUGCCCUGCCCCUGAAUAAAGAAAGUGAUAGUGUUACCUACAUGUCAACUGACUGAUAGACACGUUCUAAAAUGACUAAAGUGAAUUUGAUUAUGGCCAUAGCGUAAUAAGAAAUGAUAAAAUCAUGUUGUCGUACACUUUUGUCGUCACGCUCUACUUUUUGAAUUCAAG